GAGCCCGGGCCUCCGGGCUGGGGGAUCUCCGCGGGGCGGGCUUGGUGGGAGAGGGAGGCGACUUCGCUCCGUGGAGCCCGCCCAGGGAGCGGGGAAGGCUCCCGCGUCUGUCUCCUGCAUCCUGCUUCCUGGACUGCGAAAGCGGGCCUCGUUUGGGGAUCCCACCUGGGACGGAGCCUCCUGCGGCCCACUCCCUCGACAAGCAGCGUGUUGGGGCGCGCACGCCCGGAGGAAGGAUCCCCCCAGCCAGGGCCCAGGCUGACAGGGGAGCCGCGCUCCCAAAGCAGCAUGGAUGCCCCCCGAAGGGACAUGGAGUUGCUCAGCAACAGCCUGGCGGCCUACGCGCACAUCCGCGCCAACCCUGAGAGCUUUGGCCUCUACUUCGUGCUGGGCGUCUGCUUUGGCCUGCUGCUCACCCUGUGCCUACUAGUCAUCAGCAUCUCCUGCGCCCCGCGCCCGCGGCCCCGAGGCCCCGCUCCUCGCCGCGACCCUCGCAGCAGCACCCUAGAGGCUGAGGACGAUGACGACGACGACGACGACGAGGACACGGUGACGCGGCUGGGCCCUGACGACACGCUGCCUGGCCCGGAGCUCUCCGCGGAGCCCGACGGGCCCCUGAGCGUCAACGUCUUCACAUCCGCGGAGGAGCUGGAGCGGGCACAGCGGCUGGAGGAGCGGGAACGGAUCCUGCGGGAAAUCUGGCGCACCGGACAGCCCGAUCUGCUGGGCACCGGCACGCUGGGGCCCAGCCCCACGGGCACCGGCACCCUGAGCCGAAUGCACUAUUACUGACUGGCCCCGCUCCCGCUGCAAGGCGCUCUGCAUACUGGACAUGCAUAGGAGCUCCGAACUGCCCCAGGACCUUUGAACUGCUCCUGCCUACGGUGCUAUGGAGGCCCCGCCCCCACGGCUCCCCCCGGUGCUAUUGGGCUCGGAUUCUCAUCCCCUCGGAGACACCCUUCCCCAGUCCAGCCAGAAGGCCCGGGGCAGGGGGGGGAAGUGUAGGACGCAGGGCCCCCACCCCCCUCUCUGGGGUUAACAGGUGAAGUGACCAAUGAAAGCUGCAUUCUCAGUGA